UUCAACCUGCAGCUGAGAAUGUAAUGUUUUAGUUCAGUUGGCUUCAGUUCGUGACUCUUUGGGCGCCGUAGCUGUAAAAGGAUCAUGCUCAUCUUUGUUGGUCGUCAUGAAUGAGUGGUGGUGUCUGCCCGCUCUUUAUUUUAAGGCAAACAGGUAACAUUAUUAAUAGGUUUCCUGGAAAUGUCAAAAAUUCAAAUGUGUCAAUUGUCCAUUUCCUUCUACACAUGGUGUCAGUCAUUACUGUAGGUUUUUGUAUGUUUUGUAUUGAUGGUCAGGUGUGCCGACAUCAGAUCACACACAGACACUGACAUGUGAUACAGUCACAGCCGGCCUGUUGAACAGUCCCACGUAUGAGUAUGUGCAUCAGCCUGAAAGCCAAAGCACCUGUUGCUGUUCAACCAUUAGUUGUGUGGAUUCCCACUGUCACACCGCCCACCAUGUAUUAAUCUGGACCACAUCUGUUGGGCCUCUCUUGCUCCCCUUAAUACUAUACAGCGCAGAGUAUAUAUUUAAACGAGCAGUCAGUAAUAUUGCACAAAAGCAACACAAUUACCUUGGAAAUGAUGGGAUGUUUUGAGUGCUGCGUUAAGCAACGCACUCAUCGUCAGCCAGAGUGAGUCGAAGGAUUAGUCAGUGCUUAACAAUUACAAAGACCGGUUCCUGCAAUUUUAACACUUUUGUUUUUGUAGAUACAGGUGUAUGUUUCAACCUGCCUUCGCCUGGAAAACGCUCCGCCGUCAUGACUGUGGACGGCUACACUUUCAGUGAUUCAGGGAUGUAGGUCAUUAAAUCAAGCUGUCAACAAGCUGUGACAGUUUCGACUUAGAGAUUCAUGUGACAGGCAACGCCUCAGGCACAAACUCGCUACCUGCAUGAGUCAGAAUCAGUGUGGCUCACCUCCAGGAGAGACAUGAUGGCAUCUGUAGCCCGGCCAAUGAAGUCGAAGCAAGUCCGGGAAAUAAAGAGAGCGAGACGGGCACUGCUCAUAGACCUCUGCUUCAGCCUGGUGAGUGUCUGGCCUGGGAACACAAGCUAACAGGCAGCAGGAUGACUUUCAGGCUCAGCUUCCUGCCAAUACACAGAUCUCGGGUUUUAAACUGUGCCAGGGAGAUGAGCUCCCUGUUCUGGUCUGGGUCUGUCCCAGCAGGGGAGCUCUCAGCCUCCAGGUCCUGCCUGCGACGCUUCAUACUGGUGAAGCUGGUGACGGUGCUGCUGCUCCCGCGUGGAGCCGCCGUCGCCAUGCUGCUGGGCUGCGCCUUCAGCCUGCAGGCUCUGCUGCUGCUCCGCUCGGCCCACGUCUCCACCAAGCCCUCCACGGUGCUCCUGGCUCAGCUGGCUCUGUCGGACGGCCUGGUUCUAAUGCACUGGGCUCUGCCCCCGGCAGCCGCUCUGGCGUGGCGCGUGAAGGAGAUGAGCCGGAACGCCGGGAACGGCUCCGCGGAGGAGGGGGACUGGCUUUGGUGGAGGGGGGCUGUGGGUGCGCUCUGUCAGCAGCUGCUUGAUGCCCACCACCUGGCUUCGCUGCUGCUGCUGGGGCUGCUGGGCCUGGAGGCCACACUGGUGUUACGCUGGCCCGAGCAGACGCGGAGGUUCAGGACUUCGCAGCGGGCUCAGCUGUGCUGCAGCCUGGUCUGGAUACUGGCGCUGACAGAACUCGGGCUUUCGACUUGUUUACAGCAGCCCAGACAUCUGACGUACUCCUCAACACUACAACACCCAUUUCCUCUCCCAGUGCCUGCUUUCUCUCCGGGCCUGAGGCAAAUACUAUGGCUGGGGAAUGUGUGGCUGCAUUAUUUCGUCUUCCACAGCAAACCACAGAAGAGAAAGAGCUCCUUCCAUUAAAACCUGGGAUCAAAUAUUAUUAAUUAAAAUAAAAUAUUUAUUAACACAUAUAUUUAUAUUGUUAUUAUAUGUAUUUAUUCAAUAUGUCUGUACUUCAAAUGUAAAAUAGUCUGCUGAGGAUUCCUUGAUCUGUAUGUUAUGUAACCUGAGAGUUAAGGGAAUGGGCUUCAUCAAUAGUUGUAAAUGUAUAGAUUGUAAAAAAAUAUUUUAUGGAAAUUUAUUUACUGUAAAAAUCUAUUUAUGGUUUUGGAAAAAAAAUGUCAUACAGUACAUUAGGGGAUGUUUGUGAAACUAAAAGUUUAAAAUAACUUCAAUCAUAUGAUACUAUAUGAUACUUAUUAUGUGAAAGGAAUAUUGUUUUAUAAAGAAAAUUUUAAUUAGUUUACAUUUCUUGUUUACCUUGUUUCCUAGUUUGAAGAGUACAUGUUAUAUUAAAGGCAAGUCACACAGUGAGACAAAGAAGCAAAUGUUUCGUCCGUUGUCAUUUCAGGUCCUUAAAGUAAACUGGUCCCACAUAUUAACCCAGGACGAUUAUGAUCUGCUUCACACUGUAAACACAGUCUCCUCCUGCAGUCUCUCCCAUGUUUGACAUGGCAAAUGGCCCAGGAAAAAGGUGUUCCAACAAAAUUAAAAGCAAUUGAACACUA